AUGACAUUUGGAGUUCGCUUGUGUUUGUGCCUCUUGCUUGUCUUUGCUGUAACAUCUUCUGCUCGUAAUACCAUUUCAUUCUCAGAUAAUGAGGUGGCCUUAGCUGUAAAGGGGAGGUCCUUGAAGAUGACACUGAACGAUUAUGGUGACCCAAUAGCAAACCGUGGGCACGACCCUUCACAAAGAAACAAGAAUUGGGGUGGCAAUGGUGGUGGCCGUAAAGGCUGA